CCAAAAAACAGUCUAAGAGUUGUAAACUAGGAGAACCUUCUCUCAUCUUCCCCCUGGAGACACUUAUUUACAUUCCAAAAGGACUUUAAUCUUUGGAAGUAAAUAAAACUGGUUUUGGAAGACAAGAUGACUACAGCUGUAGAAAGAAAGUAUCUUAAUAUUAGAAAAAGAUUGGAUCAACUGGGAUACCGCCAGACUCUGACAGUAGAAUGUUUACCUUUGGUAGAAAAACUUUUCAGUGACCUGGUUCACACAACAGAAAGCCUUCGACAAUCAAAAUUAUCUACUGUGAAAGCUGAAAAAGAAAGUGCCAAUUUUGAUUUUGUUUUGGAACCCUAUAAACUUGAAAAUGCAAGAUUGACUAAGGAAAAUAAUGAAUUGUACCUAGAGUUAAUGAAACUGAGAGAACACUCAGAUCAACACAUUAAAGAGUUGAAAACUACAUUGAAGAAGUGUGCUCAUGAAACAACUGAUCUGAAAUUUCUAAAUAAUCAGUAUGUUCAUAAACUCAAACUUUUGGAGAAAGAGAGCAAAGCUAAAAAUGAAAAAAUUCAACAGCUUCAAGAAAAGAAUUUGCAUGCUGUAGUACAGACUCCAGGUGGCAAGAAAAGAAGCAUUGCUUUCCGGCGUCAGCGUAUGCAAAUUGAUGAACCAGUCCCUCCCUCUGAAGUUAGCUCCUAUCCAGUCCCACAGCCUGAGGACCCUUACAUUGCAGACCUCCUGCAGGUGGCUGACAACAGGAUUCAAGAGCUUCAACAGGAAGUCCACCAUCUACAAGAAAAGUUAGCAGCCAUGGAAAGUGGAGUGAGAGAUUAUAGCAGGCAGAUUGAGCUAAGAGAACGAGAGAUAGAACGACUGUCGGUUGCUUUGGAUGGUGGUCGCGCCCCUGAUGUCAUCUCUCUGGAGUCCAGGAAUAAAAACAAUGAAAAGCUCAUCGCUCAGUUAAAUAUUCAGGUUGACUUUCUUCAGCAAGCUAAUAAAGACCUAGAGAAGCAUAUACAAGAGCUUAUGGAAACCAAGGAAACAGUGACAUCCGAAGUUGUUAAUUUAAGUAACAAAAAUGAAAAACUCUGCCAAGAAUUAACGGAAAUAGACCAGUUAGCACAGCAGUUGGAAAAACAUAAGGAAGAAGUGCUUGAGACUGCUGAUAAGGAGCUUGGGGAAGCAAAGAAAGAGAUUAAACAAAAGCUGUCUGAAAUGCGGAAUCUUGAAGAAACAAUGGCAAAACUUCAGCUGGAAUUAAACUUAUGCCAUAAAGAAAAGGAGAGACUGAGUGAUGAGCUCCUUAUAAAAUCUGACCUGGAAACUGUUGUUCAUCAGCUUGAACAAGAAAAGCAAAGACUUAGCAAAAAAAUGGAAAGUUUUACAGUUACAGAGAGAGAACUUACUUUGGAAGUUGAGAGGAUGAGACUGGAACAUGGAAUAAAACGACGAGACAGAUCGCCUUCUCGUUUGGAUGCAUUUCUAAAAGGCAUUGAAGAAGAACGAGAUUAUUAUAAGAAAGAACUAGAAAGACUCCAGCAUAUAAUACAGCGAAGAUCUUGCUCUACAAGUAAUAGUGCACGUGAAAAGAGUUCAACAUUUAGAACACAAGAUAAGGGUGAUUACAAUUCAGCUGUUCAUCAGAUUACAAGAGAAAGAGAUGAACUUCAGCGUAUGCUAGAAAGAUUUGAAAAAUAUAUGGAGGAUAUACAGUCCAAUGUUAAAUUAUUGACAGCAGAAAGAGAUAAACUAAGUGUGUUGUAUAAUGAAGCUCAGGAAGAAUUAUCUGCCCUAAAACAGGAAUCUGCCCAAACUGCAGCCUCCCAUAAUAUUGUUAGUAUUAUGGAAAAGGAAAAAGAACUUGCGUUAUCUGAUUUAAGAAGAAUUAUGGCAGAAAAGGAAGCUUUAAGAGAAAAGUUACAAAAUAUCCAGGAAAUGAAUCUUCUUGGAAAAUCAGAAUUAGAAAAAACAAUUGAACAUUUGACACGUGUUAAUCAUCAGCUUGAAAGCGAAAAAUAUGAAUUAAAGUCUAAAAUGUUAAUAAUGAAAGAAACAAUAGAGUCAUUAGAGAACAAUUCAAAACUCCAAGCUCAAAAACUUAGCCAUGUGGCUGGUGACUCAUCUUAUCAGAAAACAGAGAUGAACUCACUUAGGGUGGUAAAUGAGCAGCUGCAGCGGUCACUGGAUGAUUAUCAGCACCGACUUUACAUAAAAAGAGAUGAACUUGAAUCAGCUCAUGCACAAAUUAAAAUACUAGAGGAAAAAAUAGAUAAAAUAAACCUUAAGAUGACUUCACAGGAUGAGGAGGCAAAUGUAAUGAAAAAGACCAUUGGUGUUAUUGAUAAAGAAAAAGACUUUCUUCAGGAGACGGUAGAUGAGAAGACAGAAAAGAUUGCAAACUUGCAAGAAAACAUAGCUAACAAAGAAAAAGCUAUUGCUCAGAUGAAGAUAACAUUCUCAGAGUGUGAAUCAUCUCUAAACCAGUUGAAGGAAACCUUGACUAAUCGGGACCGGGAGAUAAGCAGCCUCCGGCGCCAGCUUGAUGCAGUUCACAAAGAGCUUGAAGAGGUAGGAAGAUCUAGAGAAAUCUCUCUUAAGGAGAACAGAAGAUUACAAGAUGAUCUGGCUACAAUGGCAAGAGAAAACCAGGAAAUCUCGUUGGAACUGGACUCAGCAGUGCAAGAAAAAGAAGAAAUGAAGAGUAGAGUUCAUAAUUACAUAACUGAGGUGUCACGAUGGGAGAGCUUAAUGGCCACGAAGGAAAAAGAAAAUCAGGAUUUGUUAGAUAGAUUUCAGAUGCUUCACCACCGUGCUGAAGACUGGGAGGUCAAAGCCCAUCAAGCUGAGGGGGAAAGCAGCUCAGUGCGGCUGGAGCUUCUGUCUAUUGACACCGAGAGGAGACACCUUCGAGAAAGGGUGGAGCUAUUGGAAAAGGAAAUUCAAGAGCAUAUAAAUGCACAUCAUGCUUACGAAUCUCAGAUCUCAUCAAUGGCAAAAGCCAUGUCUAGAUUAGAAGAAGAGCUGAGACGUCAAGAAGAUGACAAAGCUGCAGUGUUAAAUGAUUUGUCAUCUCUGAGAGAACUGUGCAUUAAGCUUGAUUCAGGCAAAGAUAUUAUGACCCAGCAGUUAAAGUCCAAAAACCUUGAGUUUGAGAGGGUUGUGGUAGAAUUAGAAAACGUAAAAUCAGAAUCAGACCUGUUAAAAAAACAACUGUCAAAUGAGAAACAUACGGUUAAAAGCCUCGAGUCAUUGCUGGCUACAAAUAGAGAUAAAGAGUUUCAUUCUCAUUUAACUUCCCACGAGAAGGAUACAGAAAUUCAGCUACUUAAGGAGAAGCUAACCCUUUCAGAAAGCAAACUAACUAGUCAAAGCCGGGAAAACACCAUGCUUCGAGCUAAAGUGGGACAGUUACAGACAGAUUAUGAUGCUCUGAAGAGGCAGAUUUCAACAGAAAGAUAUGAACGGGAACGAGCAAUCCAAGAGAUGCGUCGCCAUGGUCUUCCUACGCCACCCCUGAGUUCUACUCUGAGAUCGCCUUCAAAUUCUCCUGAACAUAUAAAUAUAUGAGUUUCAGAAAGAAUAAUGGCUUUCCAUGGGUUCCUAUGUGGAUUUUUAAAGAACAGAACAGUAAUGAAAUAUCUGAAGAACUUGUUCCUGAAAAUCAUGAACAGUGACACAAAUUCUACCUCUGUCAACUUUUAUUUAAAUCAGUGAAUAUUUAUGUAAAAAAGUUUGGUUUAAGAGAACUAUAUCUAUGUGUAUAUUUUCAUAUAUAUGACAGAACAAAAUAUGUAUUAAUAGUACUUAACUGAUGUUAUAUCUGUAUUAUUAUUCCUGACUAAAAUUUCUCCUCAAAAUGUGUUUAUACUGUGAAUUAAUAUAAUGUAUUGUCUGCAUUAUGCUUUAAUAAUCUUUCUUAAUGAGCCAUGAUAUAUGUUUAUAAAUAUUCUUAUAGUACUCUUUACUUGUCUGUAUUUAUAACCCAUAUCUUAACGUCCUCACAAAGAAUUAACAAUUUUGACGUGGUGC